AUGCGUCCGGCGCACGUGACGUGUGCGCUGGAGGACGGCGGCAUGAAGAUCUGUGUGUGGGAGGCCGGCCACGUGCUGGUUGCGCGCGACCACUGGGGCCGCUGGCAACUGCUGGGGGUGGGUCUGAACGGGCCGGGCUGCGGCGCGCCGGGCCGCUACCUGGACAUGAUGACGUACUGGCCCUGGGUCGUGGCCAGCCUCGGCAAGUUCCGGCGGCUCACCAUCUCCAAGAUCAACCAGCACAAGUUCGUGCUCAGAAGCGCGGGCAGCGGCGCCUACCAGCGCUUCGGCGCGUGCGACCCCGAGGAGAAAAUCAAUCUGGUGUACCGCGAGGUCAUCGUCCUGCGCACAGACAACGACCAGUACCAGUUCAUGACCUACAACAUGAGCGUGUACGAAAAUGUGGAGUACUCCUGCCUGACCCUGGAGCUGGUGAACGCGUCGGCUGUAUCGGAGAUGAAGGUUCGCCACACCUGCGUCCGCGAGUCCUACGGGCCCGCCUGCUACGCCUACCGAGGGUCCGUGUUCGACAUAUCCGUGUACAUGAUGUUCUCCGACAAAUGCCGCUUCGAGAUGUUCGCGUGGGGCUGGAAGAAGAACCUGUCUCUCAUCGACAUACAAGACUGGAAGUGGGAGGAAGGCACCUACUACGAGGACUUCUCUAUGACCCGCGUCGAGUAUCGGGGCCCGGCCGACCAGACGGAGUACGGCUUCGAGCCCAUCGACGAGCGCCUGUGGGUGCCGGAAUACGACUACUGGACCACCACCGAGUUCGACAACUCCACCACCACCGUAGCCCCCACCACCCCCCAGAUGACGGCUGAGCCAGACUGGGGAAAGGAAUACAAUGUACAGGAAGACCAACCUUUAGAUAAGUUUAUUUUCGAGUCGACGGAACCUGAGAGCGAAUUCCUGCUAGGCAUCAGGUGGUAG